AUGGCGGUGCAGGUCAAUGGUGCCCAUAUUUCCCACAUCAACGGCUUCAUUCCAAUGUGGCUGGACGGCAGAGAAAUAUCGACUUCCAACGCCUUUGAUGUCAUUUCUCCCGUCACACAUGAGGUCCUUUACCAAGCUGCAGCAGCUUCAGAGGACGACGUCGAUGCCGCUAUUCGAUCAUGUGAACAGGCAUUUCGAUCCUGGUCCAAGACCAAACCCCACUUCAGACGUGAUAUCUUUCUUCGAGCAGCCCAAAUAUUUGCAGCACGGAAAGACGAAUGCUGCCAGACACUGCGUCAGGAGACAGGCACAGGGAAGCCCUUUUUCGAAGUCACGUUCCAUCAGGCCAUCGAGAUGUGCAAGGAUGUAGCUGGAUUGAUCCAGACCAUAGCCGGACAAGCACCAAUCGUGGCCGAAGAGGGCAAAAGCGCCAUCGUGUAUAGAGAGCCUUUAGGCGUGGUCUUGGGUAUUGCACCGUGGAAUGCACCUUUCGUCCUAGGCCUGCGCGCCUGUAUCCAGCCCCUCGCGUGCGGGAAUACAGUCAUCUUAAAGGGUCCCGAACUUUCACCUCGCACAUUCUGGCUCAUUGCGAGUGUUCUGCACGAAGCCGGAUUACCUGCCGGCUGCUUGAAUACGAUAUACCAUCGACCCGGCGCAGAUGCAGCUAUGAUUACCAACGCCUUGAUUUCUUCGCCGGUAGUCAAGAAAGUCAGCUUCACAGGAAGCACGGCAGUGGGAGCCCUGAUCGCUGGUCUUGCGGGAAAACACCUGAAGCCUGUACUCUUGGAGUUGGGAGGCAAGGCUCCAGCGAUUGUUUGCGAAAAUGCCGAUAUCGUCAAAGCUGCAGAGGCAUGUGCGCUAGGCGCGUUCCUGCAUAGUGGGCAGAUCUGCAUGAGCACCGAGAGAAUACUGGUGCACAAACAAAUUUCAACGGCUUUCAUCGAAGCUUUGAAACGGGUGAUGGAGGAAACUUUUGGCAAUGGAAAGAAUCCUCCCAUCUUGAUCUCUCAAGCGGCCGUGGCGAAGAAUAAAGCACUGGUCUGUGACGCUGUUGCAAAGGGCGCACAGACUUUGUACGACAGGGACAUCAAAUCGGCAUCGACAACUACAACCGGCGGCGCCAAUGGAGACGAAUCCAAUAAUGAGAUGUACCCUGUCAUCGUCGGAGGUGUACGACCAGAGAUGGACAUCUAUCACAAUGAAUCAUUCGGACCGACGGUCUCAUUGAUCGAAUUCGACAACGACCCAGAGGCUAUCGAGAUUGCAAAUGACACUGAGUACGGAUUGACUUCUGCCGUGUUCACCAAGGACCUUCAGAGGGGAUUGAGAAUCGCGAGACAAAUUUCUGCCGGUGCGGUGCAUAUCAAUGGUAUGACUGUACAUGACGAGACGAAUUUGCCACAUGGGGGAGUCAAGAAGUCUGGGUUCGGAAGGAAUAAUACGUUGGAAGGGCUGAAUGAGUGGGUGCAGACGAAGACUGUAACGUGGAUGGAUUGA